AGAGUAUGUGGUUCAGAUUUGCUCUCCUUCAGCUUCUGCCUCAGCUCACCCUCAGUUCUUGGUGCCCCAGUGAGUGUGUUUGCGACAUUAGGGGAUCUGCAAAAUGCAUUGGAAACAUCAACGACAUACCCCAACUGGACCCGACAAAAACAUUCCUACUCUUGUUGAACGAUACAAACAUAAAGGUCCUCAAGGACCGAAGUUUUCAGCAGCUCUCUCUCCUGCUACGAGUAAUGAUCACGCACAGCACUCUUGACACCAUCCAACCAGAAGCCUUCCACGGUGCUCCACAGCUUCGCUCCAUCAAAAUGUCAUCAAACGCACUUGCAGUUGUUCCACCUAAGGUGUUUAUUGAGCAGAGGAACUUGGAGCAACUGCAGCUGGAUGGCAACCAGAUAGUUUCUGUUAGUUCAGAACUCUUUGAAGGGUUGGUCAGCAUGACUGAGCUAGAUUUGAGCAAGAACCGCAUUUCCCAACUGGAUGCUGGCGUCUUUCAGAGCUUAACCAAGCUGAUUUAUUUAAACUUGGCUGGUAAUCAACUGAGAAAUCUACCAAAGACUGUAUUCCACAACCUUGGUAACCUUCAGACUCUGGUCCUCACGUCCAACCAUCUGGAGAUUCUCGAAAGUGGUUCCUUUGAUCAUCUAAGUAACCUGUUGGUACUAAUGCUACAGAAGAACCAGAUCAGAGAGAUUCCUCCACGUCUUUUCUGGCACAUGCCAUCCCUGCUCACCCUUUCCAUGUCAAACAACCAACUCCAACAUAUCCCACCUGAGAGUUUCUACUACUUACCCAACCUAACCAAGCUCACCCUCUACAAGAACCCCUUGAUCUUCCUGCCAGACCAGCUGAUCGGACACAUGCCAAGGCUCCAAGAACUAUACCUUUACGAAACUAACCUAGUCACUGUGCCUUCAAAUCUUUUUGCUAACACAACCAACCUUCAAUAUCUCAAUGUACACCUAAACAGCAACUUAACCUUGCUACCAAAAGACGUUUUCUGUUGCCUUCCCAACCUAAGAAAACUGUCCCUCAAACACAACAACCUUCGCGAGCUGCAUCCGGAGAUCUUUUCUAAUCUGAACAGGCUUCAGAUUCUAACCCUUGAUGGGAACAAGUUUGAGUCUCUCCCAUCUACAAUAUUUCUCAAUACCUCAAGACUAGAAAUACUGAAUCUCAACCAGAACCAUUUGAGGUUUCUCCCAGGAGAUGUUUUUGUUCAUGCAGGAGCGCUUAAGGUUCUCACUCUUAGUGAUAACCGAUGGAUGUGCGAUUGUAGCAUAUUGGGUUUUGCAGAAUGGAUUCGAGACAACUGGAGGAUGAUCAGUGACUUGGAUAAUGGAGUAGCAUGCUAUGAACCGAACUACCUACAAAAUCAUUUGCUGCAAACAUUGACCUACAAAGAUCUCCAAUGUGGCUUGAGUGUCUUACAGACAACAUUAAUGACAAACAUUAACACCUUUACCGUACCAAUUCUCAUGUCAACAAUCCCUAGAUUGAUUUCAACUACAAGUAGGGAAGCGACUGAAACUACAAGUCCUUUUCCAGUAGUCACAUCUCAAGUUUCUCCAACAUCUAAUUAUAUCUUCAUAAAGGAAGGCAUUGACUAUUACAAUGACUAUGACAAUGAUCCAGCAUUCUACAAAACAAUUGUUCUUGAUAACGGACCGGAAAUUGUGCACAACAAUUACUACAACGGUUGGGUGUACCUGUGGACUUUGCCGUUGACUGGUCCCUAUAGUGGCUUCAUGUUGGCGUUGUACUUGGUUCUCUUGGUCACCGGUGCAGUCCUGAUCAUGGUCAGCUUGUAUGCUUUGUAUCGACUUCAUAAAGUAAUGUGGGUUUUAGGGACUCAUACUAUGGGAGAUAGAAUAAUGGCUAGAAGAGUACGACGCUUCAGAAUUAAUCCCUAGAGUUUCUACAGUAGAUUGUUAUAUACAGUUGACGUCAGAAUUA